AUGAUGAUGAUGAUGAUGAUGAUGAUGAUGAUGAAGACGUCGCUGAUGAUGAUAUUUUGGGCCCCUCAGUGUGACAGCAUGACCCUGGUCAGUGCGCCCAACGUCCGCAGAGGAAGUACCCCCUUGCCCAUUAAGCACCAGCUGCGGCGUGAAGAGGCGGUGCAUGAAGACUGUGACUGGAUGCUAGCGGGGGCCACAUCCUCCCCCCCGCCCAUCAACUUCAGCCCUGCCCCGGAUGAAUCCCUGAUGGGAGCGUUGGACUGCCGAGCCGACGGCCCGCUGAGGAUUGCCCUGCUCGGCCAGAACGGGGUGGGGAAGACCUCACUGGCCAUCGCCUUUGCUGGAGAGAUGGACAGGACGGCAUCUGUGGAUUCUGAUGGGGAGGGCUAUGUGCGAACCAUCACCGUAGAUGAGGAGGACAGCACCAUCAUUAUCUAUGACAACUGGAGGCAGGACCUGUCAGGUCUUCAGUGCGAGGUGUGUGUUCUGGUCUUCUCUGUGACCGACCGGAGGAGUUUUCACCGCACCGCUCAGCUCCGGCUCCUCUUGAGAGAGACUCAGCCUCAGACUCCCAUAAUCCUGGUGGGAAACAAGAGCGAUCUCGUCCGCUCUCGUGAGGUCAGCGCCCAGGAGGCCGUGACGAGCGCAGCCCUAUUCCAGUGUCUGUAUCUGGAGAUAUCUGCCUCACUGGACCACAGAACCCCCGAACUCCUGGAGUGCGCCGUGAGGCUCGCCAGGGGUCAGGCUCCGUGGCCCCCGGGCGCCAGUGCCGAGGACAUGAUCGGAGGGGGCCAGCGUGAGAGCAUAACAUCUCGCGCAAAGCGCUUCCUGACUAACCUGGUGCCUAGGUACCCCCGGGAUCGUGAGCACGAGGGCGGGAGGUUCUUCAGGCAGAAGUCCCGGUCUUGCCAUGACCUUGGGGCUCUGUGAUGUUCCAAUCAAGGCUGUAAAGAACAUCUCUGGAUUUUUUUUAAGGAAAAUGGAGGGCGAGCAAAAGCGUGUAAGGUAGAAACAAAAGCAACUUAAAGCCGGUUUAGAAGUUGGAGAUCAAUCAUGGAGAUGAGAAGGUGAAAAUGGUCAAAUGAGUUAUGAGAUUAGCAGUGCUGAACAUGAUCACUUUAAAGUAGUUAGGUCGUAAAUAACAGGAUUAUGCUGUCGUUCACAAAUGCAUCUAUAUUGAAAACACUGGUAGGCCUACUUGAACAUAACAUUACCAAUCCAGAAUCACUUGUACAUAUAUAGCCUACGGAGGUCAUGAUUCUAGAAUGGUCCAUGAAAUGU